UGCCGUUGUCAAAGGAUUGCAAGAGAGUAAACCCUUGUCCACAAUAGUCCACAUAUACGUUUUACUCGUUUUUACAUUCUCACUCAAAUAAAACAUUAGUAAAUUAAAAAUAUUUGAAUGUAAUUACAACAAUAUUAAAAUAUCGAAGGAAUUUAGUACUACAUAAUAACGAAUCAUUAUAUACUUUAUAGAUAAUAAUAAUGAAGUCGGGAAAAGUAUGUAUAAUUUUAUUUGUCAUUUUUCACUGUAGUUUUGCAAAAAAAUAUCAAAAAGAAGAUAAACCUGAAUGGGCCAAAAAGGAUAUAAGAGAUUACUCAGAUGCUGAUAUGGAACGUUUACUUGAUCAAUGGGAAGAAGAUGAAGAACCGCUACCAGAAGAUGAGCUUCCUGAACACCUGCGGAAGCCUCCACAUAUAGAUCUAACACAGAUGGAUAUGUCUAACCCUGAAUCAGUGUUACAAGCUACUAAAAAAGGCCAAACAUUAAUGAUGUUUGUAACUGUUGCUAAUAAACCUUCCAGAGCUAGAACUGAGGAGUUGACAAAAAUCUGGCAAGCUGGUCUAUGGAGUAACCAUAUACAAGCAGAAAGGUAUUUGAUUGAUGAUGAUAGAGCUAUAUUUAUGUUCAAAGAUGGCUCACAAGCGUGGACAGCUAAAGAAUAUUUCCUAGAGCAAGAUGAAUUGAAAGAUGUUCAGUUAGAGAGUCAAACAUAUACAGGGAAAAAGUCUGAUGUUAGAAAUAAAGCUGUAAGGGAUGAAUUAUAGAUCUGAGUUACUAAUG